GUCACAUAAAAAACGAAACAUUUUGUGUAAAUAUCUGUUUUGAAGAAUUAAAAAUUAAACGAUGAGAAAUUAUUAAAUAAAGCUUUAUGAAAGAUGCCAAGUAGAUAGUAUUUGCAAGCUGUCAGUGUUUUAGUUAAGAUGUGGGUUACUACUUUUGGUUUGGUCCUGGUGCUGCAGUCUGUGAGGAUCACGUAUGGUUUAUUUGAAAAUUGUGAUAACCUAAUUUAUGUGGAUACAAGUAGAGAUGUUGUAUAUAACUCACCAGGCUAUCCAAAUAAAUAUGGAUCAGGAAGUAGCUGUAGGGCUACUUUCAAAACAAAAGUUGGCUAUUCAAUCAGUUUGAAAUGCGACCUUCUUACGGACAAAGGCCCAUCAGGUUGUGACACGGAGAAAAUUUAUAUAUCUCAAGAUGCCGAUCCGAGUUUUAGAGGUGCAGGCCAAUUUUGUGGAUCAGGCCAUGUUGAACGAGAGUCCGAGUACAAUAAAAUUUCGAUCGCUUAUGUUUCAACAGCAGCACCCGGGUCAGGAAUUGGAGGAAAAUUCACUUGCACUGUGUCUGUUCGAGUACAGGCUUGCGAUUGCGGUUGGUCCCAGCGUGGAAGGCUCGUUGGAGGAACAGAUGCUUCACCAACUGAAUUUCCCAGUAUUGUAGGUUUAGUUGAAAAAAGCUCGAACUCAGUUUUUUGUGGUGGAACAAUAAUCAGUUCCAGAGCCGUUUUAACAGCAGCUCAUUGCUCGCAACUUAUUCCUGGUAAAUUGGCAAGUAAUGUUUAUAUUAUUGCAGGAUAUACGUACUUUUCUUCAACUAGGCCGACUGUGUAUUCCUCUACAUAUAUGAUCAUCAGAAUUAUUGAACACGAAAAUUACAAUCCCUCGACUCAACUCAACGAUAUUGCGCUAUUGAUAACAAGCACUGAUAUAGAAUGGUCUCGAGGAGUUGGGCCUAUAUGUUUGCCUUUGGAUACAUCAUCGUUGUUUGCAUAUGAAAAUGUUCUUCUCGUUGGUGCGGGGACAACUUCUUUCAGUGGACCAAGAUCAAUCAUUGUCCAGAAAGCUGCUGUAAAUGUUAUACCGAACCAACCUUGCAUGAAUUACUUUCCUGGCCUUCAAGCAUCGCAAUUAUGCACUUAUGCAAACGGACGAGAUGCUUGCCAAUUCGAUUCUGGAGGACCCGUUGUAAAACUUGGCAGUACAAGGCAAUACCUGUGCGGAAUAAUAAGCUAUGGUCGUGCCUGCGGAGGAAGUUCCCCUGGAGUAAAUACCAGAAUCACCUACUAUAUUACAUGGAUUCGUAAUAAUGUUGUGGCUAGUUUAUGUUAUAAGCCAUAUUCAUAAGAUUUUGUUUAAAAUAAAAAAUGCGUUUUAACACA